AUAAUAUAAUAUUAAUAUACUACUAAUAAUGAUACUACAACUACUACUACUACUAAUAAUAACAAUAAUAAUAACUGUUAUUGCUGUUGUUACUAUCAUGACAUUUAAAGCUGCCAUCAUUAUCAACAUCUACACAUUCUGUAUUGUGUUUGUUUUGUUAAUUUAUUUGUCUUUAUUUCUAAUAUAUAAUGUUAAGAUGUUUUGUUUUCUGAAAGCACUCACGAGCAUUCGCUUUCCGCCUUCCUUGUAAUUACCGUUAAGUGUCUAAAAGCCGCGCCCUAAGGUUUUACUUGCCGGUAUAUUGACAGUGGUUCCAGGAGGAGCACCGACGGGGAAAUCAAGAAGUGUGUAUACAGGAAGAAACAACGCUCUGAAGAUGUCUGACACACGCAACAGAAAAGCCAAACUCGAGCACACAAAACAGCUUGUUGCUCAGAUGCAUGAAGAGAAAAGAAGAAAAGAAGAAGAAAGAAAAAAGAAAGAGUCUGAGGUGCAGCAAAUGGCAGAGUGCGCAUCAGAAGACCCAGACUUGGAUAGAAAGAGAAGAGCGAUGUCUCCAGACCUGUCUUCAGUGCAGCCACUCCACCUUUUAACAUGGGAUACCUGUUAUUUUCAUUAUUUAGUCCCUACCCCUCUGUCUCCCUCUUCACAAUCAGUGAGCGCUUCCAGUGACAACUGGAGCCAGGAGUCAGUGGAGGGAGGAACCGUGUCUAGGACACUGCAGUGGGACAUGGACCCCUCAGCUCUUCAGCUCCUCGCAGACUCGGAGCACAGGUGCAGAAUGCACAAACUCCAAGCAUCAGAGAUUGUACAGUUUGAUUACAUGCCCAAAGAACUAGUGACCUACAGUAAAGAGACCCAGACUCCUGUAGCACCAAAGCUGUCUGAAGGAUUCUGCACAGAAGAGGAGAAGCAUGAAGAACUUCCUGUGGUCAAACCCAAACCUGAAUCUGAAGCACAUGUGGUGGAUGACAGUCAGGAGGCUGUGCAAGAAUAUUCUAAAGAGCUCACAGAGGAGGAGAAGAAGCAGAUCCUUCACUCCGAGGAUUUCCUGAACUUCUUUAACCGUAGCAUUCAGUUGGUGGAGCGAACACUAACUGACGACUUGGAUAUUUUCUUUGACUACAGCGGACGUGGAAUGGAAGACCGAGAGGGCGACACACAAGCUGGAUUAAAUCUCUCCUUCAACCAACAAUUCUAUGAUGAGCAGUGGUCCAAACAUCGAGUUGUCACCUGUCUGGAUUGGUCACCGCAGUACUCAGAAUUGCUGAUGGCUUCAUACAAUGCCAACGAGCACGCACCAAAGGAACCGGAUGGAGUUGUGCUGGUGUGGAACAUGAAGUUUAAGAAGACAGCACCAGAAUACGUAUUCCACUGUCAGUCCUCUGUGAUGUCAGUAGGUUUUGCAAAGUUUCAUCCAAACCUCAUAGUCGGGGGCACUUAUUCCGGACAGAUUGCAUUAUGGGACAAUCGGAGCCAUAGGAAAACUCCAGUACAAAGGACACCGAUAUCUGCUGCUGCUCAUACCCAUCCUGUGUCCAGCAUAAAAGUGGUGGGAACCCAAAAUGCCAACAACCUGAUCACUGUGUCAACAGAUGGCAAGAUGUGCUCCUGGAGUUUAGAUAUGCUCUCUCAGCCCCAGGAUAGUAUAGAACUAUACUAUAGCAAGUCUAAGGUAGUAGCUGUGACUGGAAUGGCUUUUCCAGCUGAUGAUGUGAAUAACUGUGUGGUGGGAAGUGAAGAAGGACCAGUGUACUCAGCCUCGAGGCACGGCAGUAAGAAAGGUAUCAGGGAGAUUUUUAAGGGCCACCAGGGGCCAGUGACUGGCAUCAGUUGCCAUAAUGCUGUGGGUCCCGUUGAUUUCUCCCACCUGUUCACCACUUCAUCUUUCGACUGGUCUGCCAAACUGUGGUCAACUAAACAUAACAAACCACUCUACUCCUUUGAGGAUAAUGUUGACUACAUCUAUGAUGUCAUGUGGUCUCCUGUGCACCCAGCUGUCUUUGCUGCAGUGGAUGGAAUGGGUCGCUUGGACAUCUGGAAUCUUAACAAAGACACAGAAGUUCCUACAGCAAGUGUGACAGUGGAGCGCUCUUGUGCUCUGAACCGGGUCAGAUUUUCAUCAGAGGGCCGCGAAGUAGCAGCAGGUGAUUCUGAGGGUCGAGUCUGGAUCUAUGAUGUUGGAGAGCAAUUAGCAGUGCCAAAAUCCGAGGACUGGAGUCGACUUGCACAAGUUCUCGUGGAGAUUCAAGCAAACACUUAUGGAGAAAGUGCAAUAGAAGUCUCUAGCUGAGAGCAUUGAUGUGCUACGAAAGCAAAACACACAUAGAUAUAUUUAUGUUCAGUAAUACAGAGCUUUUAGAACAAAUGAAAAUAUUGACCGUUAAAGUUCACAUGAUAAAUGAACUGUGUUAUUAGUCUUUUUGUUUCUGCUUUAUUUAUACUAUUUUUUUAUUCAUUUGAAGAUGUUAACAAAAUGAACAAUGAAAAAGAUUCAGUGUGUCACAAAACUAUAUUAAAUCAAUCUGUAAAUCUAUUAUCAUUAAUUAUUCAAAAACAUCUUUGAAAAGUAAGUUUAAAAAUCUGUUCAAAAAUAUUAAUAGUAUAUAAGUUCAUCAACACUGAGUGUUUACAUGAACAAAAAGUUAAAGAUUAUUACCAUAUGUAAGUAAUUGUAACAGGAAAGCUAUUAAAGAUGGUAUCAGGAUGUUGUUAAAGAA